AUUAAGGAGAGACAUAUUCGUGUGCCCAAACACACCAGAAUAUCGCCAAAGUCGUUGAAACUUGAAAGAAGAAACAGAGACUUGUCUGUCACACUGCUCAGCCGCCGGAACAAUAAGGAGGAUGGAUUUGGUGUGGUUAAUAAGUGUUCUACUUCUUGGAGCUGCACUUGGAUAUUACAUCAGCACUUUACGACAAACCCGCCAAAUCUUUGCUCUCUCCAAAUCUGUCGCCAUAAAUGCAGGAUCCAGCGGAAAUAAGAAGACCAAGUCCAAGGAACCCCUCGAGAUAGAGAAACUCGCUGAUCUUCGCAAAAAUUUCAAAAUGGUUUUGGUUGUGAGGAAUGAUCUUAAAAUGGGUAAAGGGAAGAUUGCAGCUCAAUGCAGUCAUGCAACUUUAGGUUUAUACAAGAAACUCCUUCAACGGGCGCCAAAGGCCUUGAACAGAUGGGAAUAUUGUGCUCAGCCAAAAGUUGUUGUCAAAAUCGAAAGUGAGGAAGAGAUGCUAGUUUUGCAAGAAAGAGCAAAGUCCCUUAAACUGCCAACCCAUAUCACCAUUGAUGCCGGAAAAACACAGAUCGCUCCAAAUUCAAGAACAGUAAUGGCUAUUCUUGGACCGGUUGAUAAUGUUGAUGAAGUAACAGGUGGACUAAAGCUUAUGUACACUUCAAAGGAUCGUUACAAUGCAUCUCAAGUACCAGCGGGAUGGCACGGGUGGCUUCAUUUCAUCAGUGAUCACACUGGAGAUAGGGAAAAACCAAAAGCCAUCUCAAAAUUUGCUAUCUCGUUCAAUCAGCAGGAGGGAGUCUUUAUCAAGGAAACGAAUAAUCCUAAUUAUCUUUUCAUGAUUUGGAUUGAAAUUAGUUCUAAGUCUUUGGUUACCUUGUCUUUCUUCUCGGUCUUGUACCACCUAGGCUCAAGGUUCAAUGUUAUUGGCAAAUUCUAUGGCAUGCAUGAUGGCGUUGAACGAUUGUCAAAGAUAUUUGGACAUCUUGUGUUUCUCGGAAUCGCUUAUCUUGUUGGAUAUUUUGGGAUAUUCAAAUAUAUGAUGCAAUUCUUGAGAGGUUUUGGUUUUGAGCAAGGAAUGACGAUGGAGAAGAUUGUGAAGGACAUUGGUGGCUUGCAAGAAAGAAUUCUACCUUUGGAGAAGAUUCUUCAAGACUCGAAGAUUGAAGACUUCUUUACCGUGGAAGAAGUGAUUUUGCUUCACCAGUUUGCAAAAAAGUGAUUCUACGAUGGAGAAGAUUACAAACUGGUGAAGCAAAAUGGUCACAAUGUCACUAGACUUGUUUCUUAUUUAUAAACCUAUAGAUCUAUA